CGGUUCCCCUCGAUGAUUACUGAAAUUCUUCACCUAAGCGUGACAGGAAAGGCAAAAGAUUGAUCAAAUCAUUUUGAAUACCCAGAAGACGGUGAUUUGGUACAUAUUAUAGACACGGGUCCCCUGGCUGAAUACUCAAAUACUUCACCUUAGCAUGACAGGAAGGGAAAAUGAUUGAUUGAAUAAUUUACAAUACCCGGUUGACUGUGUCUUGUAUCAGGAGAAAUGCACAAUUGAAAUGGGGGACGCUGACAUUGAAAUUACAUUCGACGACACUCGGAGGUGCAGAUUGCUCCUUCUUAUUUCAAAAGGAGGUGGACUUGUCUUAAGACACAAAUUACAGAAAGGAUUUACUAGAAGGCAAAAGACAAUUGACGAUACGGACAUUAAAAGAAAAAUAACACAAAUAAAGGACUCAACACAUUGCAUAAGUGAGGUGCAGUAUAAAAGAAUAUAUCCAGACUCCGGCUCAUCAUCACCAGAUGACUAUGACAUCACUAUCUUAGUUUUUCUACUGAGGACUUUAUUUUACAGAACUAGUGACCCAAAAUGGAAAUCUGGUUAUACACUGAACGACACAGAUAUUUCAGACAUAGCUGAAAUAGUGCGUAUCAGAGAGUUAAGAAAUGAGGUAAAGCAUCAAUACGAAGAUGGUGAACUCAAUGAAACUACAUUUAACGAUCAAUGGAGAAAAUGUGAAAAGGUAUUGGUUCGGUUUGGACGAACCGACAUUGCUGAUCUUUCAAAUAAGUUGGAGAAAUUCAAAUCAGAACCAAUCGAGAAAAAAAGUCUAGAGGAUCUUAUUGAACAAUGGGAGAAGCUGGACGAGGAUAUGGAAAACCGUGUGAUUGAAACAAUUAAGCAGCAUAGUGCAAGAGUCAAUGCUCGUGAGCGGUCGGAAAAGGAAGUCUCUGACGUAUUGGAAGCUCAGUACUUUGUUGAAACAUCAAUGUUCGAACAGGCCAAACAGAAGCUAAAUAAGGAUGGAUUUAUUGUAAUAGAAGGAGCUCAGGGUGAGGGAAAGACAACAAUGGGUAAGAAGCUAGUUGAAAAUCCGAAAAAAUGUUUAAAGAUUAAUUCGGUCGCAGAUUGGGAAAUGUAUUCAAGUACAGAUGAUAUUGAAACUGUACUUAUUGAUGAUAUGUUUGGUUGUACUAUGUUUGACAAAAGUGAAAGUAGAAAAUGGCUGAAAAUAUUUCCCCAAUUGAUGUCUGAAGUAUCAAGACAAAAACUGAAAUUAAUAAUCACAUCUCGGACGUAUAUUUUGGAUGAUGCACAAAAGAAAUUGUUUAUUGAACACCAUAUAAAAAAACGCAAUAGGAUUGAAAUUUCGUCAGAAAAACUUGAAUGUCAUGAGAAAAAACAAAUAAUUAAAAAUCAUUUGGAAUUGAACGGAAGGAAAUUUGGUAAGAAUCUUAUUGAUUCUUGCGUCAGGCAGUUAAAUGAACCGUCAUCAUUUAUUAUUGGAUUUCCUGAAUGUGCUAGGCUAUUUGGUGUCCAAGAUAGCCUUUUUCACAAAGGAAGUUCAUUUUUUAAAGCACCGAUGACUCAUAUAAAGACAUGCCUUGACACAAUUUUCAAAAACAAAGAUGACUUUGUAUUUCUGGCAUUUUUCGUUCUCUGGUCUCAGCCAUCACAAAGUCUUCGUUUGUCUGAUCUAGAACAAAGUCCAGUAAAAACACCUAUCAGUAUUAAACGUCCAAUUGAACACUUGGGAUUCAGUCUCUUUUAUUCAUUAAGACAUAUUCCUAAUGAAUUUGCCAGUCACAAAAAUUUUGUUUGUUUCGACGAUAAAACUGAAAUAUUUCGGUUUCAACACAAUGUGGUAGGUGAUGCAGUAGGACUUGUUGCUUUUGUUAGAAACAUGACAGCAGCUUUAGAGUUUUGUAAUGCCUCUUUCAUUGAAAGAUAUAUCCGUAUUGAAGAACAAUCAGAUACAUGUGAAGGCAACAAAAAUGAUGAGAUCGUAACCAUCCCAAUAAAUCGGUAUGCUGAUUUGUGUUCUGUAAUUGGCAAAAUAUUACUUCCAGAUAGGACAGUAAGCGAUACUGACAUACGAAACCUGCGUGAUCAUGUAUGUUCUGUAUUUGGUCAGACAUCACCUUUGAAAGGGAAUGAAACCGAUGCCGAGAUACGAAAUAUGCGUGAUCAAAUUUGUACUAUUAUUGAUCAAAUGUCAUUUUUACAACGGACAGGAAGCAAUGAUGAUCAAUAUAUGAAUUGUAAAAUUAUUUUGCAUCCUGCUUUUAAAUGUAGAUCUUUUUGCGAAACCUUUCUUGAAACAUUGAGAAAACAAAACAUGUUACCAUAUUUUUUGACAAAGCAUGUUGGUACUAUCACUGCAAGCGUAUUAAGUAUUACAGAUAUACUUGAUAAACAAGAUUUUGAAAGCGAAAUUGGAGUUCUGACGUAUGCAGUAAACAAUUCACAUUCACCGCAUCCUUAUGUUUUUCGGAGAUGA